UUUAAGGAUCGUAGCGACUCGGUGGUAGCGCGACGACGACGACGACGACGACGCGUUUUCGCGAGCAAUUCGUCCCAUAGAGCUUAUUAGGAGGACGGCCUCUAUCUCCCCUCCCACAACUCGCGACGUCGAUUCUAGCGGGACACGAGCGAUCGCGCGUCUAUGCACAAGCCUGCUUCGUAUAUAUACCUGCGUAACGCCGAAAAAACCUGGCCAGUCGUGUACGAAGCCUGUCACCGUUACACGCGCGGAUUUCCCUUGCUUCGCGUUCCCUCUUUUUGCCGUCCACCAAACAACAGCCACCGCCGUUUUCCUCGGAGAACGAGGAGAUCCUUACUAUCCUUGGGGGACCGAUCGAUUUCGACUGGAAGAUUUUCCGUGCGCAUUUUUGAAAAGUAAUAAAGUUUGGGACGAGAAACUUUUUUCCUCUUCCCUCAUCGAAAGUGGAAGAACUCUUUGAUUUUGGAUCCAUAAAGUCUCCCACGGGAUUCGAAGGAAUCUCCUCUGGGUUGAAGGAAAUUAGAAAAAUCUACGGAAGGGAAAAUUUGAAAAAGUAGACAAUUCGAAAGAGUUAGAAAUUUAAAGUUUAAAAAUUUAUUAUUAAUUAUCAGAAGUGGACAAAGUCGUCCUUCGACGAAAUCGGACGAGAUUUUUAUAGAGAGAGAGAGAGAGAGAGAGAGAGAGAGAAAGAGAGAGAAAAGAUUUAUCCAAUUGGAAAAAUUGGAUAUAAUUGGAGAAGAAUAUAGAAUUUUUCCUGAAGUAUUUAAUUACAAUUUCGCUGGCAGUGGCAAAAAAGUAUACGAAUCAACAACGUUGUUAUAACUCAACAAAAGUUAUUAUAACUCGCUUUUUUGUUUUUUUUUUUUUCGAAAAAUUUCCAUCCAAUACUCAACGAAAGUUGUACGGAAUCUUGCUACUUCUCCAAGUGUUUCGAACAGUUUUUCCUUCGCGGCGAUACGACAGACAGAGCUCGUACAAAUUUGAGACUGGCUUCUAUCGAUUAUCAGCACGGUGAUAAGGUAAACUCUAAUUGGCUACCGGCAACCGGGAGAUACGUGGAAACAGAAGCACUUUCGAUUGCAUCUGUGAGCCGCGAGGAUUUACUUAGCUCUGUGCCGUUGAUCGAUAAAUCAUAUCGCAUGACGGUAACCAAGAUUUUAACAAAUGAGAAUAACAGGAACGGUCGAAAUCGUUAUCUACCGCUAUAUUGCCAGUGUUCAUUCAGAGAGAUAAAAUAAAAUAGGCGGAGGAGAUCGAUAUAAUAAAGGAUCUUUCGAAUCGAAAAUCGAGGAGGAGAGAGAAAGAGAGAGGGUGGAAGGAAGGAUCUUUAUUCGAUGUGCUCUAGGAUGUGAAUUGAGAAUCGUUUUUUAAAGAAAAAACAGAAAAACUGUCAAAGAUUUUUUUCAUUCUGGAAUUCUGAAAAUCAAGGAUCGAAGACAUACACAUACACCAUGGAGAAAAAUGAAAAAGAGGAACAAGGCAAUCCCAUGAAAGAGUUCAAUAGCAGAACAAAAAUAGCCACCAUUGAAAUUGAAGGAUACAACGAGAAGGAUGAAUUAUACAAUCCCUUCGAAAAUCGUGACAAGAAAAAUUCCAAUUCAGAUUUUGGUGCUCUGGCUCAUCUAUUAAAAUCAUCCCUCGGUACCGGAAUCCUCGCCAUGCCGAAUGCGAUCAAAAAUGGCGGGGUGAUAUUCGGCGGAAUAGGGACGAUAAUAAUCGGUUUAAUAUGCGCGCAUUGUGUCCACAUAUUGGUUCGCUCGUCCCAUAUUCUGUGCAAACGUACGAAAACACCCCAGAUGACGUAUGCCGAGACAGCGGAAGCUGCGUUCCUUUGCGGUCCAAAAACCGUCAGGCCUUUCGCUAAUUUCAGUCGAAUGUUCGUAAAUGCCGCAUUGUGCGCGACAUACAUAGGCGGUGCUUGCGUAUACGUGGUUUUCGUAUCGACCUCGAUUAAACAGCUGGUGGACUUUCACACCGGUAUGGCAAUACCGAUACGAUUGUACAUACUCACACUGAUACCAGCGGUGUUAUUGCUGGGGCAAGUGCGAAAUUUGAAGUUCAUGGUGCCGUUCUCUAUCGUGGCCAACCUUUCCAUGAUGACCGGUUUCGCGUUGACUCUGUAUUAUAUCUUCAACGACAUCAAAAUACCGUCGCAUGUGAAGCCAAUCGCCUCGAUCGAACAAUUGCCUUCGUUCUUCGCUACCGUACUAUUUGCCAUCGAGGGUAUCGGUGUUGUGAUGCCUGUCGAAAAUAGUAUGAAGAAUCCUCACCACUUCCUUGGUUGUCCAAGUGUUCUUAAUAUAACAAUGACUAUAGUGGUAUCUUUGUACACUGUAUUAGGCGUGUUCGGAUAUUUGAAGUACACGGAAGAUAUCAAGGGGAGUAUCACGCUAAAUAUACCAACAGAGGACAUAUUGGGACAAGCGGUAAAAUUGCUCAUAGCACUGGCAGUUUUAUUCACAUACGGAUUACAACUUUUCGUCCCGAUGGAUAUCAUGUGGAGAGCUGUGAAAGAGAAAUGUAGUCACAAGUAUCAAGGCCUGUGCCACACAGUAAUGAGAAUAUGCAUAAGUAUAUUUACAAUUUGUGUGGCAUUACUCGUUCCUGAACUCGAGCCGUUCAUCUCUUUGGUCGGUUCGAUAUUUUUCUCGAUACUCGGCAUCACGAUUCCAGCCAUCGUUGAAACAAUUUCUUGUUGGGACGGCCAUCUUGGCAGAGGCAAAUGGAGAUUUUGGAAAAACAGUACGCUUGUGAUAUUCUCUCUGUUGGCGUUAAUAUUCGGUUCCUGGAUCUCUAUUUCAGAUAUAAUCAAAUUAUAUAAAUAAGUUUAUUUAUAAUGUAUUCGCGUACGUGGAAAAAAAGACUUAAUUUUCUUAAAAUAUGUUAAUAUGUUCACUGUAUACUACAUUGUAUAUAUAUAUAUUAUUGGUAAAUUCGAAUUUGUUUGAAAACAAUACGCAUGUGAUAUCGAUUCAAAGAAUAUGAUACAAAUUGAAAAUCAAGUUUAGAUAUAAAGUUUUAUGAUGUAGCAUAAAAAAUAGACUUUGCAAAAAAAUUAUUUGAUAAUUUUAAUGAUUUUUAAUUAAAGAUUUUUGUCUGCAGUGAACGUGUUAAAAUUCUCAAGACUAGAUUCUCUUGAAUAUUUGUACAUUUGUACUUACACUCAUCGUAAUAUAAUUUAUCAUGUAAUGUAAUCCGUAUUGCCAUAGAAUAUUUAUUUUUAAGAGUAUUCAUGUAUAUUGUAAUUUCGUGUACAUUGUGUAUUUAUUUCUACGUUAUACUAAAGAGUUUUUGUAAAAUACUGUAAUUAACUUGAUCGAAAUGAGAGGAAUUAGAAAGAUUCGAAUUGAAGAAGGACAAUGGAUAAAUCGAUUGAGCCAAAUCAUUAAUCGUCAAAAUUAUUAUAAUAUCGUGAUCAAGUAUUUAUUGUGAAUAUUUCAAAUUAGAAAUACAAUUGUUCUUUUUUUUUAAAUUUCUAAAUUGUGCAAAAAUGUUGGAUAUAUCUUCACAUAAGAUUGGUGCUUUAUGCUUGCAAAUAUUUGCAAAAAUCUGUAUCAUUCCUUUUUUUUUUUAAAAAAUAACUUCUAAAUAUUGAAUUCAAGUUAUUACAGAUCUUUUGUUAUCUAAA